AUGGCUACAACCACUAUUGAACUUUCAGGGCCUGGUGCCCGGGCUGUUCGUGGGCAACGCACUCUGCCCGCCAUGAUCGAUGAAAGAGCUGCUCACGUGCCUGACCGGACAUGUUUCUCAACACCUUAUACUUCAGAGAUUCGAGAUGGUUGGAGAAAAGUGACGAACAAGGAGUUUGCCAAUUCUAUCAAUUAUCUUGCCCAUGUGAUUCUUGAGGCCUGCGGCACCCCGGCCCCCGGCACGUUUCCAACAAUCGCUUACGUUGGACCCAAUGACAUCAUGAUCGUUGCCGCUGUCAAGGCAGGGUAUAAGGCCCUAUUUGUGUCUCCGAGAAAUCCAUUCGAGGCUCAAAUGAAUCUAUUCAAAAUGUCUGACUGCCGACUGGUGGCACGGCCCGCGUCACACCGAUCAAUCGUCGCGUCUUGGGUGCAGCAUUGGAACAUGAAGCAGCUUGAGAUAGAGCCCCUGCAUGAUAUCUUGUCAAAACCACAGGUCACCAACGUCCCUUUUACAAAGAAUGCAGCCCAGGCCGAAUGGGAUCCCUUUGUUGUCCUUCAUACCAGCGGCAGCACGGGACUUCCGAAACCUAUUGUAAUCAAACACGGGUCUGUUGCUCUAUCGGACCGCGUUCAUUCACUGCCGGAGUGGAACGGAACGUUGCCUCUGGUCCAGGUAACUCAUGCCCUCACAACAAAACAUUUUAUCCCGCAACCCAUGUUCCACGCUGGCGGUGUUCUCGGAUUCAUAGGCACAAUGGCCAUUGGUGGCAAAGAGGCUGUGUUCUCCCUUCCAGAUCGCCCAUUGACAGCCGACCUCUCCAUUGAAGUCAUUCAAGCGACCGGCUCAAACAGUGCUAUGUUGCCUCCGUCAAUCUUAGAAGAAAUGAGCCGGCGUCCUGAGCAUAUCGCAGUAUUGAAACAACUCAGCUUCCUUGCGUUUGGGGGAGGUCCUCUGAAUAAGGAGGCUGGCGACAUUCUAUAUAAACAAGGUGUACAGCUGGUCAACAUUAUCGGUGCCACAGAAACUGCGCCCAUAUGCCUUUAUCAUCAGAAGAACCUGGAGCUUUGGCAAUACUUCAUUUACAACGAAGAGCUGUCUGGAGUUGAGUUCCGCAAGGCAACUACAGACGAUGAUGUUUACGAAAUGGUCAUAACUAGGAAGUCAAGGCAGUUGCCUGUCCAGGGUGUGUUCUACACGUUCCCGCACAAGGAAGAGUACAAUACUAGCGAUUUGUAUCAACCACACCCGACACUGCCUCAUCACUGGAAGUUUCACGGCCGCUCGGACAAUAUCAUCAACCUAUCAAACGGCGAGAAGCUCAAUCCUAUCACGAUGGAAGACAUCAUUUGUAGAAAUCCGGCGGUCAAAGCCGCUGUAAUUGUAGGAACUCAGAAAUUCCAGCCAGCCUUGAUUAUUGAGCCGUCUGUCUACCCCAGGUCCGAGGAGGAGAUUGAUGAUCUCAUUGAACGUAUCAUGCCACAAGUUGCAGAGGCAAACGCAGUUGCUGAGUACACAAAAGCAACUCACGCCCGAAUUGUAAGGCACUUGAUCGCUGUAUCCAAGCCAGGAAAGCCGUUCCUCAUGGCCGACAAGGGAACCCUCAAGAGGUCGGCGACUAUACAGCUCUAUGCCGAGGAGAUCGAAGAUCUCUAUGCCAACCCCAGGGGUGUUCCUCUUGCCAAGGCUCCGCGCCUCAAUGUCAGUUCUCAGGCCGCCCUCAGUAAGUCCAUUGAGGAACUGCUUCGGAAACAUCUUGGCGUGCCUCACUUGGAGCCCGACACCGAUUUCUUUGCCGCAGGAAUGGAUUCCUUGCAGAUUAUCUCCGCUGCGCGGUUCAUCACGGCCAGUCUCCGUGCGACGAACAAUACUUACAGUGGCGUGACAAUCGAAGCUCGCGACAUCUACAACAAUGCUAGCCCCAAUCAGCUUGCCAGCCACAUCCUUCAAACUGUUGGCAGUGGAAAUGCAAAUGACCUCGCAGAUGCUAAAAUCCGGACCCAGGCGGCGAUGGAAGAGCUUUACAGAAAGAUGACGAAGGAUUUGGUUCAUGCCACACCAGCUCGUCCCGAGCCAGCCAAGGAUCAGCAGACUGUCAUUCUCACUGGCUCGACAGGCAACAUGGGCUGCUACCUGCUUGAUGAAAUGAUUCGCAACCCUUCCAUCAAGAAGGUCAUCUGCUUCAAUAGAUCCAACGACGGCGGCGCGGGGAAGCAGGCAAAGGCGAUGGAUGAACGCGGCCUGCAACAACCAGAGAAGAGCGGCAAAGUCGAAUUCUUCCGCACCAGCCUGUCUCAGCCACGAAUGGGACUCUCUCAGGAAGUGUACUCCCGCUUGCUCAAGGAGGCCGAUCGCAUCGUUCACAACGCGUGGGCGGUGAACUUCAAUAUGCCUCUCGAAGCCUUCGAACCCCACGUCAAAGGAGUUCGCAACCUUGCGGACUUCGCUGCCACGGCUGAUAAGCGUGUCGUCAUGGUGUUUGUGUCCUCCGUCGGCUCGACUGCCAUGUGGGAUCCACGCCAGGGCCCAGUUCCCGAGACCUCCUUGCGUGACCUUUCCCUGGCGGGCGCACAUGUAGCCUAUGGCCAAAGCAAGCUGGUCUCGAGCUUAAUUCUUGAGGAUGCUGCCAAGGUUGGAGACUUCCCUCUCGCCAUCGUGCGCGUGGGACAGAUUGCGGGGCCGCUUGGGCGGGCUGGCGCUUGGAGUCGCCAGGAAUGGCUUCCGUCCAUCGUUGCGAGCAGCCUCGUCUUGAAAGCAUUGCCCAAGAACCUUUCAUAUAUGAAUUCGACCGCGUGGGUUCCCGUUGAGACGAUGUCGAAAAUGGUCUUGGACAUUGCCGGCCUCACAGAAGAGUCGAGAGACUAUCAUGAGGGGUAUUUCAACGGCUGCAAUCCAUCCGUCACAACUUUCGACAAGCUAGCCCCUUCGAUUCAGCAGUAUUACGGAAAGACCCGCAUCCCCGAGCUCAUCAGCUUCAAAGAUUGGGUCGAUAGGCUUGAAGCGAGCGGCACUUCUAAGGACGCACUUGGUGCCGGUCGCAACCCUGGGUUGAAACUUAUUGACUUUUAUCGGCGUAAUGCAGCUCCUGACGAUAAAGUCACGAAUUCGAAAGUUUACGAAACUCGGAGAACACUUUCUUGCAGUCCCGCACUGCGCUCGGUCAAGUCUACUACCCCUGAAUUGAUGGUUCACUGGUGCAAACAAUGGGGAUAUGAAAGCUCUUCCCCUCGUGUUGGUCGUCUAUAG